AUGCAAUUAAUUAUUAAAGACAUAACAUUAAUUCAUGUUGAUGGGAUUACAUUUGGGAAAAUUAUUGCACCGUCUGUGUACACAGCCUUAUCGGAAGAUUUCACUGUAGAAUUUCAAACUACUGAGAUUGUAUCCCAAGCUCUUAGUCUUAAAGUUUCUUAUUUGGGACCAACAACACAAUUUCGUAAUGUUGGCAGCAUAAACUUUUACACCGAUGAACAAUCAAACUCAACGAGGUUCAAAGUGCCAUGUUCGCUAUUCACACGAGCUGGCCCCUACACAUUACAUGUUGAAGAUAGUGCAAUAAGUUCAACAUUGACGACCAACAAUAAUCACCUCCUGGAACACAAACUCGAUGUUCGAUGGCCAGAUGCUAAGUUGAGUGUCACUCACGAGGUCAUUGAAACGUAUCCGACAGAUACCGUGAAUGCUGUGAUUGAGUUUAUAGAUUUUGAAUGUCCCGUGGACACAACAACUUUUGAAGAAGUUCCUUCGUUUCAAUUGGAGUUGAUAUAUUGUGGAACGUACAAUGUUAUGUGUGACUCACGUUCAGUGCCAUCAAACUCAACAUUCCCUAUUCAGUCCAUCUAUGGAAUGCAACGAAGUCAGGCUGACUGGAGUACUCAAUAUAUCCUCAAUAUUAUGGAUAUAAAAAGCACUUACGAUUGUGUCACAGGAAUUGCUGUUGUUGUCAAAUAUCCAGCAUGUAUUAUGGAUGAUGACCGCGUCAGGCUUUAUGGAAAACUUCCAGCUGAUGUGCAUUCAAUUGCCAAACCAUCGAGCUUGGUGUAUGUCAGCGAGAGAAAAAUUGAACGAGGUCAGCAUAGCGUUUACUUCAAUUGUGAAUUGUUUGUUGGGAGAUUUCUCGAAUAUUGUUUUGUGUAUGUAACUAAAUCGAAAACGGGCGCAGUGGCGGAUAUUCGCAUGGAUUGUGUGCCUACAUCACCGAUCUAUGGUCCCGUCGAUGGCAAGUGGGGGAAGUGGAGCAAUUGGAGCAAGUGCUCGUCAAAGUAUUCUUAUGGAACUCAAAUUCGUUAUCGAUUUUGUGAUUCUCCAACUCCAAAAUAUAAUGGGAAAUAUUGUGAGGGUGCGUCAACUGAAACGCGACCUUGUAGUGGCACGGUGUCAAAUAUCUGGGAGUAUUUCUUCGGUCGUAAGAUAUUUGGUACAAUUAACAGCACGGAAAUAAUGGAGGAGGUAGGACCGAGUUGUCAAUGUGGUUGCAUUAUCCAUUUAUUGAAGUCAAAACCAAGACGAAUGCUUGCAUCGUCAUCUCAAGGAUGCUUUGGAUUUGAAAAUGUUUUGUGGACAGGUCAGGUUGAGGAAGGUCAGCAAAUACAAUUUAAUUUGGAAUAUUUUGUGCUUCCUUGUCCAACUCAAAACAUCAAAAUACGUGACGGAAAAGAUCCAUGGAUGUCGGAAUUAAUUGGCGAAUAUUCAGGUCGUGGAGUACACUUCAGUGGCAAUGUGGUUUCAUCUGGAAAUCUCGUACUGAUAGAAUUUCACAUGAAUGAUUCACAAAUUGUCAAUACGGCAUGUUAUGCUGGCUUUAUAGGAUAUGUUGAAGUGAUUGAUCCACCAAACGUGACCAUCAUGGCAGAAUCAUCGAUAAUGGGAAUGCUUGGAAAGGAUCGCACAAUAACUCAAUUAAAUCUUAUUCACUUCUUCGUGUUCCUUUUCUGUGGAAUUUUACUGCUUUUAAGCGUCUUUCUUGGCACGCAAUAUGUCUUCCGUUACCAUCGAUAUCAAUUGGCUAAGAGUAAAGAAGAAGCUGAAUCACCACUGAAUACACCACACGGAUCAACCGUCUCGAUUUCGAAAAAUCCCCAAAAUGGAACAUUACGAGCCACAUCAACAUCGACGCUUAUUUCAGAAGUUGUCACACUUGUCAAAUUAAAGCCAAAGACAUCAUCAAUCAAGCAUAAGAAAUUACGUGAAAGCGUUGUCAGCCAAGAUUUCGAAAAGGAUCAGUUGAACGAUUGUGAUUCAAUUGGAAAUUAUUCAAAUAUCGGAAGUACAAACACAUUAACAAACGACGUGAAAGAAGAAAUGACACCGAUAAUGUUAAAGAAGAAAGCGCACAGCGCUCCGGAAUCAGAUACAUCGAGCAGUAUUUAUAAUGCUACGCCCAUUCCCUUGAAGAAGAAGCUGAGUCUUGAUGCAAGCAGCAAAGAAAAAGAAGAUUCCCCCGUUCCUGUCGAAUGGACGAAGGAAAAAUGCCAAAAGCUUCAAGAAAAAGAUUUUGAUGAAACAAGCGAUAAGGAUCGUGAUAAAGUGACGGCACUUUCGACUGAAGCAGCUUUAACAAGUGGCAACUAUUCACCAGCUUUGAGUCUUACAAGCACAGCUAGAAUUCGACUAAAUAAUCUCAAAGAAAACAAAGAAAAGAAAAAUCGUGAGAAGUUAAUGGCAAAUCCUGGCUCACAAUAUUCACUUUCAACACAGGAAGAAAUGGAGAUGGAUUAUUACGAUUACAAUGUAAUAAAUGCUAGCGCAGCGCCCGGAUCUUAUCUCGGAAUGGAUCCGGCUUUUCUCGUGUGGAUUCCACCGAUUGAUGAUAACGGAAAAAUUCUUAGUGACAGUGAAACCGACGGAGAUGAAAUUUUGCCAGUGAAUGAGUAUAUAGAUCCAGGAAGUAAUAAAGAAAGUCCGGAUGAAGAAGACGUUUUAAGGAUACCACCAAAGCCUCCAAGGAAAAGCUUAAAGUCGCCAUCAUGCGACGAAGCGAAAGCGAUUACUUCCAGAUCGUUGAGUCCUAAAGAAAUUCUUUCAAAAAUAAAUUUUCUUCAAAGAAAAGUGAGCGAGAAGCCUACAACAGGUGUACAAAUUGAAAAUAUUGGAAACAAGAAGCCAGAAGUGAAAAGAUCUUCAGCUAUUGAAAAGGAAACCAGUGUCAUAAAGUCACCAAGCGACAACAAAAUAUCUGAGUACUAUGAACUUUCUGACAUUAAAUUUGCUGAUGAUGAAGAGGAAAAUUUAGACUCGAGUUACCAAGAUACAACAUUUCAAGUCAAGAGCUGA